AGACGCUACUACUCGCCAGACCGCCAGACGACUUAUAACAUGGACUCACGCGAACAUGUGGACGUCUAGUUGAAAACCGGUCAUGCCGUUGUCAAAAACUGUGUUGAAGUGCGAUCAUUUUAAAAACGAGACAUGACCAUCCACUAGCUGGUAAUACAGAGUCUUGUGGAGAAUUGUUGAAUAUUAUCUAGUUACAAAUUGGUCAUAGUGUAGUCCAAAAUUGAGUCAGUGCGUAAGUCUCACUGAUAAAAAGCUUCAGCCACGUGACAGGCGCGCACUUUAUUUAAGUAACACUGCGCUUCUGAAUAGAUGCAGUACAAAUCGCUUAUCGGUAUAGUGCGCGUCGUUGUUUAUCAUUCCGAUCGCUCUUACGCUUACAGGUCUAUUGGAGUAACGGCUCUCGGGACCACCUCAUCAUCAUCAUAAUCGAUAUAAACAUUAUUGAAUUUUGAACUGUUGUGAACACUGUUUUUUUCUGCAAUAGCGUACACUCUAAAAGAGAUCAUGAUACGCCUUGUACAACAGCUACAAAACUCACUUCUGAUGUAGCUCCACUAGAGUAAGGCAAUACUUCUCAUACGUCUUCUCAUAUCGAUAAGUGAACAUUGCCACCACUCAAAAUUAUAAACAAACAACUUCUAGGUCAACCAAUUAUAUUCCCGAUAAUGGAUCGAAAACAUCUAUAAAUAAAAGCUACCUUGAAUGUAUUGAUUCGUCAAUUUUCCAAUAAACUCGUUUCUCAAUUCAUUGAUCCCCACAAGUUUUUCUGUGUAAUUUAAACCUAAUUUUAGGAAAUCAAUCACAAUAAAGAAUAAGCCAUGCAACUGUCAUGAGAUGAAAAGAGAGAGAGAGAUAGACCAAAAUCGCCGAACACCCUGGACGUUGUCUGCAGGGAUCUGAAGGUGUAGCAUUCCGGCCUGAAGAAAGAAUGCGCAACCCCAAGAACUCAACUAAUAGAAUGAGACAACAUACUUACCAAGGAAAUUCAAAACUCGAGGAAUAUGUCAUCGAAAUAAGUAGAAAAUAAGAACAGGCCGACAAGCUAUGUCCUCGUGUGCGUCCUCUUCGAGCGUGAGAUUGAAUUCGAUGAAAAUGCAAGAAAGGCGACUAGCAUUGCCUCUACUGGGGGUACUUGUAUGGGUACUCUCAAUACAUUCAGGCACCUAUGCGGGUGCUACUUUAUUGCCCAUCCCGAUUACAGGCGCCGGCCUACUCCGCACGUCCGCUGACCAACGUGAACCGCCACUUCCCCAUGCCUACGACCGCCUGCUGGUCACGCCCUCCGAUUUGAAUGAUAGCGUCGUCUUCGCCGAACGCAUCCUCGACACGCUGCAUCGAUUGGAGGCCAACCUGGUCAGUGCCAAGGUGAUAUUAAAGGACGGCACGCCUUCACAAGGCGAGUUCGCCGCGGGAACGCCCGAAGUGGAGGCGUUGCAGAGAGGCAGGCAGGCGCUUAGAGCUGUUGAGGCUAGCAUUCAGUUAGUGGUGCAUAUGUGUGGAAGCAUGUCAUUCAACUACAAAGACUGCGCCCGUUUCAUGAACCGGUUUAGCUUGGACGGAACACCUCUAGGAUCAUCGUGUGAACAUCUCACCAAGAAGUGUACCGCUGAAGAAUAUGGCUACAUGUAUAGAUCUGGUGAUGGUUUGUGCAACAACGGAAAGAACGGAGCUUGGGGAGAAGCUUUCACAGCAUAUGCAAGACUUCUACCGGCUGACUACCUUGACGGCAUUCGCAUCCCGCACCGAGCUGUCAACAAGCGCCCUCUGCCAAAUCCAAGACUCGUCAGUCUUACUUUGGUCACGAACACCGGCAUUCCUACCCGUGAUUUGACGUUGGCUGUGAUGCAAUGGGGGCAAUUCUUGGAACAUGACCUUAGCAGAACGGCAGUAUCUGUGAUGAGAAGGAGGUACAACCGUUACUUGUAUCGAAGUUGCCAAGAAUUUCAAGCCAUAGGUGAAAACGACAUGUUCCUUCUGAUACUACUAUUGCUGUCUUUUGAUGGAGUUCACUCGGACAACACUAUCAGGUGCUGCAACUCGGACAAUUACAACUUGUCUCCGAGAUAUAUCCAUCCGUUGUGUUCACCCAUAGAAGUACCAGCAUCGGAUGAAUACUACCACAAGCACAACGUCGGAUGCAUGAACUUUGUCAGAUCGGUACCAGCUGUCAGAUCAGAUUGCAGUUUUGGACAUGCAGAGCAACUCAAUCAAGCAACACACUUCUUGGACGGAUCCCAAAUUUACGGAGCAACAGCAAAUAAGACUGCAAGUCUUCGUGCUUUCUACAGUGGAAGACUGAAGGUUUCCAAAGCUCAGUUCCCACCACUUUCUUCGCACCCUACCAAGGACUGUCUUGUAUCUUCGGAUUCUGACGUAUGUUUUACGUCUGGAGACUCCCGUGUCAACUUUGAGCCUGUGCUCACCGCCAUGCAUACGCUUUGGUUCAGGGAACACAACCGAAUAGCUGAUCGAUUGGCAACACUCAACAAGGACUGGGAUGAUGAGGUCAUCUUCCAGGAGGCCAGGAGGAUUGUUAUUGCCGAGAUACAACAUAUCACUUAUAAUGAGUGGAUGAACAAAGUACUAGCCCCAAGAUACGUCAGGAUUAUCAACAGGCUCGCCGACUACAGCCCUAACACGAACCCAUCAGUAAGCAACAGUUUUGCCACAUCAGUGAUGAGGGCCAUGAAGUCGCUUUACAGCGGUAAGAUCUGGCUGGUCAAGGAGGGUCGUCUGGAAAACGCCAGCGUGCUCAAUCUGCACGAACACUACAAUAGACCUGGAGUGAUCCAGAAACCUGGUGUCCUUGAUGAGAUAUUGAGAGGCUUUACCACGCAGAGCAGCCAGAAGUUGGAUUUCGCCUUCACCGAUGAUCUUGUUAACAAACUUUACAGCGAUGGAAAUUAUGGUUACGACCAAUUAAGUUUGGACAUCGCUCGAGGCAGAGACCAUGGACUUCCUGGCUACAAUCAGUUCAGGGAACUGUGUGGAUAUCCUCUGGCUACUUCUUUUGAAGAUUUCUCCGACGUUAUGUCACAAGAGAAUAUUGAAGCAUUGCAAAAGAUUUACAAUGAUCCAGCCGAUGUUGACUUGAUCAUCGGUGGACUGGCUGAAACGCCGCACGCGUCAUCAGUUUUCGGUCCCACGUUCUCCUGCAUUGCCGCAGAUCAGUUGCUACGCACAAGGCGCGGAGAUCGCUUCUUCUAUAGCAACCCUUGGCAGCCAAAGCCUUUCACGUCAGAGCAACUGAAGGAGAUCAAGAAGACAACAUUUGCCAGGAUAAUUUGCGAUAAUGCCGAGGACAUCAAACAGAUGCAACCAGAAGCGUUCAAGAAGUUGAGUGACAGUAACAAACUCGUGAACUGUGAUAACGAAUCCCUGAUUCCUAAGCUAAACUUUAUCCCAUGGGCGAACACCAGGGAUAAAUACUCCUAUUAAGGAAGUUAGCUGUACAUAUUCAAGUUGGAUGAAGCGAAACUUCACUGUCUUCGAAGACUGAUACUUUAAUGGCUGUUUCUAGUAUUAAGUUAUCGUUUUAUAUAUAUAUAUAUAUAUAUAUUGUAUGAUGCGUGCGUGAUGCUCAAAGUUUGUACAAUCUUAGAUAUAGUGCUUUGUUUGUGUAGAGAAGAGAUCUAUCGAAAAGGCCGGUUUUAUGCUGAAGUAAUAUUUAUACUGUAGGUGGCUGUUGAAUCCUUAUCAACCUUAGGACCUUGGAGAAAUUUUCAUUUUUGUUCUUUUCUUCCUAUUUUGUACUUAAGUCGGAACUAACAUACUAUGUUGUUAGUGUAACAUCUGAAACUUAUCCUGUGGUUUACAUAUCGAUAAUCAUCCAUGCUUCUCUGGCCAAUAAAAACCACAUCUAUUUGAAGCUCCUUCUUGAUACAAACGUUUCAACCAUAAAGGUGAUCUUAUUCUUACAAUGACAUAUGUAUGUAAUUGAAACGUUUUCAUUAAUGAUGGGAGAUUAUUAAUAUACUGUAUUGUAUUUAUAAAUUUUUCAGCCCUCUAAAAACUUUUCAAUAAUAUAUUUUGGAAACAUAUAAUCAGAAACAGUAUUUCACAUGGCUUACGUAAGAAAUGCGGGAAGAAUGAAUACAAAUUGAUCCAGAAAUCAACUAUUGUGAAAAUGAUAAAUGAAGUAUACAUUCCGCGUAGAAUCGGCCUUAUUAGCUUUAGAGGCCUGGAAUAAUGAAUUCGAUCUUUUAAAGAAUUCGAAUAAAUGUCAUUAACAAUACUUUCAAAUUUUUAUACAUUGCUCAGUGAUCAAACAAAAUUUUCGUAGAUCACAUCAAAAAGCAUCGACUUAUACAGGGUGCUACAGAUUCUAGUCCAAGUACGUAAAAUGUAAGACAUUUUUUUCCUUUAUAUAAUUUCUAAAUUCGUAGGAUAAAUAAGAAACAACAAGGAAAUGCUUUUUUGUUUUAGGCUUACCUCUUAUUAGAAAGUAGAGAACAGAUUAUUUUUGCUAUUUGUUGAGUUUUGGGACUAAAUUUGGCGAGUCUUUCUUUCGGAUAUUUAAAUUUUCAAAACUGACUAUGCAAGUAUAAAAACUAAGUUUUCUUUCAAUUUUAUUGUACUUCAAAACAUCCUGUAUAGGUCUGUGAGUUCAGUAAGGUGAUGAUACUUUCAUCAUCAUUUUUCAGAACGAUAUAUGUACGGUUUUGUUUUUAAAAUCCUUAACAAUAUUGAAAUCUGAUCAAAAUGAAAAAGACCAUUUUUUAUAGCUAUUUAAUAUGAAUUUCUUCCGUACUCUUCUUUUUAUGUGCCAAUGUCAAUUGGACAAUAUAAACUGUUAACCUCAACUGCAGAUUCAUUGUCAAUAUAGAGUUUAACAGCGGCCUUCAUUUUUUCUCUUGUGCUACUCACCGUAUUUCUAAAGUAUUCGUAACCAAAUGUUCAAGAACCCUACUCAUUAUUUAUUAAGAUUUUGUGUGAAGCUAUAUUAGUUUUGCAUUUGCUGUUAUGUUGUUUACUAGAUUUAUAACAAAUAUAUUUUCAGUAUU